AGCCGCGCGAACCAAUCAAAGGCCAAGGACGCGAGUCACUUCUUGUUUUUAGCUUAGCCCUUGAUAGACGCGUGGAUUGCAUUCAGACUGUGGUGCUGUGAUGUUAAAAGAGUUAAAAUCAUGACUAUUCUCAAUCGCUGUACGAAACUGGUAGCAUCGGUGUGUAAAAGCAGCGUUUUACUGGAACAAAGUACUGGCGUUUUUAGAAGCGUCUGUUCGAUCCCCGGAGCUCGGUGUCACAGCCUGUGUUUGCCUCGACGUUUUACAAAGAGUUCACCCUCAUGUCAGCAAUGGCAUCGCGUUUUCAACUGUCAUCUAGACACAAAGAGAUGUUACUCGGAGGUGUGUGGGGAAAGCAGUAAUUCAGAGAGGGGCACUGGCGUGUCUCAAGGGGAAUCACACGAGACGGGCAGGGUCGGCAGAUCCCCGAGUCAAAGACCCUCAGACACUUUCACUCUUGAUGUGUUGGUGUCUGUACUGCGUCAGGAAAAUGCAGUGGACAUCUGUGUGAUUAAAGUCCCAGACCAGAUCAAAUACGCUGAGUACUUCAUUGUCGUCAGUGGUGUAUCACCGAGACAUCUCCGUGCUAUGGCCCUUUAUGCUGUCAAAGUGUACAAGUUUCUGAAGAACGAUGGCGAUCCAAAUGUCAAGAUCGAAGGGAAGGAUGCAGAGGACUGGAUGUGUAUUGACUUCGGUAAUAUGGUUGUUCACUUCAUGCUGCCAGAGACCAGAGAAGUGUAUGAACUGGAGAAACUCUGGACUCUCCGAAACUAUGAUGAGCAGCUGAGGAGCAUCCCUGCUGAGAUGCUACCAGAAGACUUCAUAUAUGAUGUUGACGUCAAAAAGUGAUAACACAAGACAAAUCCUCUAAGUUGUUCAGACUUCACUGCUUCAUUGUUAUGUUGGACUUUCUUAUCCCUGUGAGUAGAAAUAAGAGGCAUUUUUUACACUUGAAUUAUCUUUGGACAAUAAAACAACAGAUUUUGCAUUGAGAA